AUGACUACUCCCGAGCCGUCCGACAGCUUUGAACCCAUACCCUACGACCCCGUAAAUCCCAAGCGGCGAUUGACGUCUUCAGAACGUUCAUCGCACCGCUUACAGCCUUACACUCGCACUAGCAGCACGAGUGGCGUCGUGCGGAAUAACUCACCUUCAAUUGGAUCUGGAAGUUUUGUCUCAGACAACUGCGGAGGCCAGAAAGAGGUGAAAAAAUUGGCCCUAAAGGAUCUGCCCCCGGGUGAACGUCCGACCGUCAAAUGGGCACGGAAGCGCUUGGUGAUGGAUCUGUUAACGACAGUUGUUUGGCCGCAAAAUGAAACGGACGAAUGCAGGGACGCUUACCUCAAUGAAGUUCUGAAUCAAGCCAAUUCGAUGUAUGGGACUAAUGUAGCAUUGACAAAGGAACUUGGCAUCCUGCUGACCAACCCUGUUUCGCAGUUUCGCAAUAGUCUUGCGGAGAUUGCAGAGAAGUUGGUGCGAGAGUUCGAAAUCGAACCCAAGGACACCACGUUGAGCGAUGAGGCCCGCAAGACCUACAUGCAAAAUCGCAGGCUCAUGCUCCUCGAUUCAUCCGAGGCCAACCGAUGGCGAUAUUUUUUACACGGUGAGAGGGUCGAUGGACAGAAUGUCACCCUGCUCGUGUUUUCGAAUCCAAUCGUGGAGAAGAUCCAUAUCAACCAUCUAUACGGCAGUCCUUACACGCCACUGCGCGAGCAGGCGUUCCUGAAGGAGAUCACUACGACGACACUUCAUAUGUUCUCACACGUUGCGGCCGGGGUGGAGUACGGAAUCGACAAGAUAGUAGAAGAUGUUAUCCCGAGCUCUACUAAGAAGACUUGGCGAUUCCACGGUGAAAUAUACGCCUCGCGCCAGGCCUACUACAUGGAAGCCGUAACGCGUGCAUUGUCACUCCCGAUUCACAAGGAGGCUUUACCGGCGCGGUUUUUAAAUCUUCAUCACAGAGGACUCCAUACCUUGAGAACCAAGUUGGGUUUAGUGGGUCCAGAAGAUCCAAUAUACGUGCCUCAGACGAUGCAGGAGUUAACUAGACCACUUUACGCAGGCCCUAGUACCAGCCAGCCGUUCCUGCAAUCAUCAUCUGCAGUGCUGCCAGUGCCCGCCCAAGAGGAGCCAUAUUCAUACACAAGUGACCUCACAGCAGGCGGGUCUUCCAUGGCUGUACACGCUCAUACAAGUACCACCUACUAUGGCCCCGCCUCGGAUUCCCAGUUCGGCCUCUACUACUGCGCGCCACCCGAUGAAGAUGAAGGUCCCCAAGAUCCGUUGAACCAAGGAUAUUCAUUUUACUGA